AUGCCCAUCGAUGAAAUAACCAGAUGCAUAACAUUUCCAACGGAUUUCUGUGAAAUCAUAGCCACCAAAGACCAACUCAUAUCAAAGGUGUUUCCCGAUAUCGCACAUAACCACAAGAAUCACCAGUGGUUGAGCGUACGAGCAAUUCUUGCACCGAAAAACCAAGACGUUAAUGCAAUCAAUUGCAGUAUUUUGGAUGUUAUAGAAGGAAAUGAAAAAACCUAUAAAUCCAUAGAUACAGUAACAAACACUGAUGAAGUGGUGAACUAUCCUACAGAAUUUCUCAACUCACUCGAGUUGCCCGGUUUGCCGCCGCAUGUCCUGAAGUUGAAAGUUGGCGUUCCCAUCAUUCUCUUGCGGAAUAUGAAUCCCCCGCGGCUUUGCAACGGCACUCGGCUUGCUGUAAAGAGUAUGAUGGAGAACAUCAUUGAGGCAACUAUUUUAAUAGGCAGUUACAGGGGAGAGGAUGUUUUGCUACCACGUAUCCCAAUGAUCCCAACGGAUCUUCCAUUUGAUUUUAAGCGGCUGCAGUUCCCGGUACGACUAGCAUUUGGCAUGACAAUAAACAAGGCUCAGGGUCAAUCCCUUGAAGAUUGCGGAUUAGAUUUGGACCGGCCAUGUUUUCCCAUGGACAACUUUAUGUCGCUUGCUCUCGCGUUGGAAACCCCAAAAACCUAUUUAUUUAUGCGCUAG